CUAACUUGUUGAAUUUUCAUGUCAAUACAUUCUAGGUUAUCAGCACUGCUAGGACCUGCAAUUGUAUCUUAAUAGUCCUUGAUGCAAUAAAGCCAAUAACUCAUAAACGUCUCAUAGAGAAAGAACUUGAGGGUUUUGGAAUAAGGUUGAACAAGGAACUGCCAAAUCUUACUUUCAGGAAGAAAGACAAAGGUGGUAUUAAUUUCACUUCCACAGUUGCCAACACACAUCUUGACCUUGAAACUGUGAAGGCAAUAUGUAGCGAAUACAGAAUUCACAAUGCUGAUAUCACUCUAAGAUAUGAUGCAACUGCUGAUGACCUCAUCGAUGUCAUUGAAGGCAGUAGGAUAUAUAUGCCUUGCAUCUAUGUUAUUAACAAAAUCGAUCAGAUCACACUUGAAGAGCUAGAGAUUUUGGAUAAGCUUCCUCACUAUUGUCCUGUGAGUGCUCACUUGGAGUGGAACCUUGAUGGUCUUCUAGAGAAGAUAUGGGAAUACCUUGACUUAACUAGAAUAUACACUAAACCAAAGGGGAUGAAUCCAGAAUACGAAGACCCCGUUAUUCUGUCUUCCAAGAGGAGGACAGUAGAAGACUUCUGUGAACGAAUCCACAAGGACAUGGUUAAACAAUUCAAGUAUGCACUUGUAUGGGGGUCAAGCGUGAAACACAAGCCUCAAAGAGUUGGCAAGGAGCAUGAGCUUGAGGAUGAAGAUGUUGUUCAAAUCAUAAAAAAGGUGUGAUUGGUUUUGGUAGUGGAUCCGUCAUAGUUCUCCAAUAUCAGAAUCUUUGUCUCAUGAAGCAUUUUCAGGUAGAACAAAAGAUAGCUUGAUAUGUAAUUAAGCAAUUUUCUGGUCAAGCUUUUCGUUUGUAUUGUUUGCUUCACUGGAGACAUGAUAAUUUUGUGUAAGAUACUUGGAAUGAGAUUUGAAGAACUGGUUAGAAUUAUUUAAGAGAACUGUAUUCUAGUGA